AUGGGAGGUGUGAAAGAAUGGUUCAAGUCGUCGACAUCGCAGGCCGUAAUAAGCAUGUUAUUGGUGCAAGUUUUCGCGACAGGGAUGCAGUUGCUGUCGAGGUUGAUUCUGGUCGAGGGCACCUUUGUUUUCUCACUCAUUGCUUAUCGUCAUGUCGUUGCUACCCUCUGUGUUGCCCCUUUUGCUUUCUAUUUCGAGAGAGGACAUGCUAAGAAUUUGAAUUGGUCGGUCUGGUUCUGGGUCUUCCUCAAUGCAUUAGUCGGGAUAAUAAUGGCAAUGGGCUUCUUCUAUUAUGGUCUACGAGACACUUCAGCAACUUAUUCAGUCAAUUUUCUUAACUUGGUUCCCAUAUUUACCUUCCUAGUUUCUAUCAUAUUCAGAAUGGAGAAAUUAGGAUUGAAGACAUGGGCCGGUAAAGCCAAGGCCAUUGGGACAAUUAUAUGUGUUGGAGGAGCAUUAACCACUAGCCUUUACACUGGAAAGGAAUUUUAUAUUGGUCAUCAUAGUCAUCACUCCCCUCACACUGCUUCAGCAAAAGCACCCAAGACUCACAUGCUUCGAGGCACAUUUUUUCUAGUUGCAAGCUGCUGCUCAUAUACAGGAUGGUUUAUUGUCCAAGUGAAGUUGCUAAAAGCUCUUCCAUUGAAGUUUUGGGCAACAAUGCUAACCUGUAUCACGGCUACAAUUCAAGCUGUUUUGGUAGGGCUAUGCAUCGACCAUAGCAAAGCUUCUUGGUCUUUAGGUUGGAAUAUGGAACUGAUCACUAUAGUAUACUCAGGGGCCCUCGCUACAGCUGCUACAUUCUGCUUAAUAUCUUGGAUCGUUACAUUGAAGGGGCCUGCUUAUCCUUCAAUGUUCAAUCCACUAGCUCUUAUCUUUGUAGCCUUUUCAGAAGCUCUUUUACUGGGUGAACCACUCAAAGUUGGAACCUUGGUGGGCAUGGUUUUUAUCAUAACCGGCUUGUACUGCUUCCUGUGGGGUAAAACAAAGGAGACACGCAACAUGGCCCAACCAAAUGAAGCAGCUAUUGGAGUUUCCACACUCACACCUUCUGAUUCUGCUAGUUUUCAAUCAACAGCCAGAGUAAUUCCAAGUGCUUCGCCAAACAAUAUGGUUAUCGACAUAGAAAAUAGUGAUACAGUAGAAAAAACCCCGAACCUUAAUUAA